GGUUUUUUGGAGGGUCACAUGACGCUCGUGACCGCUCAUGUGACUGCACUGAUGGCUGCUUGGUUAAUGCUAGUGUUAUUCUUGGGCCCCGUUACCGGGGAGGCGGUAAAAUCGCAAGUGUCCGUGGUCCUGGACCCUGCCACGGGCCAGCUCUCGAUAGUGCCCGAGAAGAAGGCUGAGGCUGUGGCCUGGGCGGAGCUCAAGGAUGGUGUUCAGGAAAACGGAUGGGCGGUUCUGGAGCUGGAAACUAAUGGCGCUUAUAAUGACUCGGUCCAGGCUUAUGCUGCAGGGGUGGCCGAAGCUGCUGUCACUCAGAGGCUAAUUUACAUGCAUUGGAUGAACACCAUGAUGGGUUACUGUGGUCCUUACAAGUAUCAGGCUCCGUUCUGUGAGAGACUUAGGUCUUAUCUGGAGACUAAUUUGGACUGGAUGCAACAACAGAUUGAAAAGGGACAGGAUCCUGUGUAUUGGCACCAGGUCCACCUUGCAUUACUUCAACUCAAAGGCCUUGAGGACAGUUACAAUGGGCGAAUCUCCUUUCCGCUUAAGAGAUUCACUCUCAGUCCAUUUGGCUUCCUACUUUUCCAACUUGGGGGAGACUUAGAGGAUCUGGAAGGUGCUUUUAACAAGACGGAUGUGCUUAAAGACCUGGGCUCAGGUUCCUGCUCAGCCCUUAUUAAACUUCUGCCAGGCAACAAAGAUCUCCUGGUGUCUCAUGAUACCUGGAACACAUACCAAUCAAUGCUGCGAAUUAUCAAGAAAUAUACUCUGCCAUAUCGCACUUCACCCAAUGGGGGUCCCACCGUUCCUGGUUGGGUUCAAACAUUCUCCUCCUAUCCUGGCACCAUCUUCUCUGGAGAUGACUUCUACCUUUUGAGCAGUGGUCUGGUGACCCUGGAGACAACGAUAGGGAAUAGUAAUCCACAGCUUUGGAAGUAUAUCCAACCAGAGGGCUCUGUCUCAGAGUGGCUGCGCAAUAUUGUGGCUAACAGACUGGCUGCUAGUGGACAGGAGUGGGCUGCCGUUUUUGAGAAGUUCAAUAGUGGGACCUAUAAUAACCAGUGGAUGAUUGUGGAUUACAAUAAAUUCCGUGCUGGACAGACAAAGGCUCCUGCCGGCAUCCUCACCGUUCUAGAACAAUUACCUGGUAUGGUGGUGAAAGCUGAUAAAUCAGAUGAACUUUACAAAAGUGGAUACUGGGCCAGCUACAACAUCCCCUAUUUUAAGGAAAUAUUUAAUGCGAGUGGACAGCCAGAAUUGGUGGAAAAGUAUGGUGACUGGUUUACCUAUGACCGGAAUCCUAGAGCUCAGAUAUUUCGCAGAAACCAAACCAACGUGCAGGAUUUGAAUUCCAUGAUCCAGCUUAUGCGGUACAAUGACUAUCUGCACGAUCCUCUCUCACUUUGUUUGAGUUGUAACCCCCAGCCAAAUGGGGAGAACUCUAUCUCUGCUCGCUCAGAUCUGAACCCUGCUAACGGUACCUAUCCAUUUGGCGCACUGCGACAACGGCAACAUGGAGGCACAGACAUGAAGGUUACCUCCUACGAUAUGGCCAAGGUGUACCAGAUGGUGGCUGUGAAUGGCCCAACGUGGGACCAAGUCCCUCCAUUUCAGUGGAGCACAUCUCCAUUCAGCAAUCUCAUGCACAUGGGUCACCCAGACCUCUGGAAAUUCUCACCUAUCCUCAUUACCUGGGACUGAAGUGUUAACUGAAGCAAUAUCUUCCAGUGGCUGUCUCCUCUUUCACUGGUGCUUUAUGAGCAAUCGCUGCUGGUUAGAAAGUGGUAUGAUUUCCAUGUAAAACUACUCUCAUGACAUCAUUCAGAAUUAUAAAUCAUUGCAUCAUCGGCAAAGAGCUAUUUUAAUAAAGGGACAUGUUAUUUUUCAAAGCAAUGUGGAUAAUAAAGGGAUGACAGUGUUAC